CUUGGAAGCAUUUUCAAUAGCUACUAUAUAUUAUAUUUUACAUUGAAAUGAAUUCAAAAAACAUUUUUGUUGUAUGUUUGCUAGUUUGUUUUUCAAUACAAAAAACAUUUGGACAGAAAACUGAAGAUGGCGGUGUUCCUACAGAGAUGGUAACAGAUGAAGUUACUGAACCGUCUUUAGGGGAGAUUCUAGAAAGCGUUCAUGAGUUGGUGUGCAAAUUGUACUCAACACAUUAUGGAAAUGAACUUUCAAUGAUGAAUUUUUUAGAUUUUGUGGGCGAUUCUCACAUAGACUUAGUAAAUCGGUAUAUUGAGCUUCCACAUGUAGUUCGUAAAUCAGAUGUUCUAGAAGAAGAAUAUGUAGAUGCCAAGUUAUUCGUCGAACUUAUACGAUUUAUUUGCAAAGAAACUAAGAAUGAACCGUUGAUCUUCACUUUGCAAUUAUUGGCAAAAUUUAAAGACUUAAUUACGGAAACAAGUGACGAAACAGAAGUGAUAAAACAAAUAACAGAAGAAGGAAUGAAUGAAAAAAAAGAAAAAGAAGGCAAUUGGCAGAUCCUCCAAUCUGCAUUUGGCUCAAUGGAUUAAAUUAUUUUUCAAAAGUUAUUCUACUGUUUUCAAAAUUGAUGAAUGCUAAUUUUAAACUGAAUAUUAUGUUAAAUUAAAUCUGUAAUAAUAUA